UUGGCCAAACUGACCUGGUUCAUUCCCUCUGGCCAGGAUAUCCCAGCCAGGGAGGCCCGGAGCUAAGGGGCUGUCCUAGGCCUAGUGAGAAAACCGUCCGUUGUUGUCACUUCUCUGUUCCCAGUCUUGUGCUGACAUCUCAGGAAGAGUCAGCUCUGGAGCCAGCACUCGGGAGGCUCCCAGUCCGGAGAGUAUGGAAUUGGACAUAGACACUCCCAGCCUCCAGUGUCCGGACUGAGCCAGAGAAAGCAGACGGGAGCCAGGAAAGCCCAGAGGAGAAGGCCAGAGAAGGGGAGGCCUCCUAGAAAGGAACGGGUUUUGAAGAGCACAUAGGACGCCACCAGACCAAAUAAAAGGCUUGUGAGUGUUUCACACCCUGGCAUACUUCACUAGUGGGACUGCGAAGUGACCUCCGCUGAGGUCUCUGCUGAGGUCAACCGGAUAUGGCCCCCGGAAGCUGGAACCCCACAACGGCAGUCCAGGGUAUCCUCUGGAUCCUGCUUGGCUUGUUGCUGUGUCCGGGACCAGGGACAGCGUCCCUGCCCCUACUCAUGGACUCUGUCAUCCAGGCUCUGGCUGAGCUGGAGCAGAAAGUGCCGGUCACGGAGGCCAACCACACUGUCUCUGUGUGGCACCUGUCAGCCUGGGACUCUGAUCCCCAGGAUCCCCUCCAUCACUUCCUGCUAAAGGAACGAAGUCCCAAAGUCACCAAGUUGGAUCCUUCUGCACUGAGCCCGGAGCUGCAAGGCCUGAUGGAGGAGGUGGCCCGACAUGCUGUGCGGGGUGGGCGGGAAUACGGGGUGGUACUGGCCCCCGAUGGCUCGACAGUGGCUGUGGAGCCUCUUCUGGCAGGGCUGGCAGCAGGGCUGCAGGGCCACAGGGUCAUAGACUUACCCUUGGGCAGCACAGCCACCCCUCUGGGUGCCGGAGACACCUUUCCAGAUGUGGGAGCUGAGGUUUCUGAUGCAAGAGCCACCUCCCCAGGACUCAGGAAUGUCUCUCCAGAUGUCAGCUCUGCAGAUGUCAGGGCUACGUCUCCAAAUGUUAGAACCACAGAUCUCAAUGUAGGAGCCAUCUUUAAAGAUGACAGAGUCACCUCUCCAGAUAACCAAACCUCCUCGCCAGAUGCCAAAGCAAAGUCUCCGACCACUGUGGACAGCCUCCUGGUGGUCACCUUGGCCAGAGACCUGGGCCUGGCCUUCCUCCAGAACCCCCAAACUCAGAGCCACCCAGGCCUGGGAGCUGAGGGCUGCUGGGACCAGCUCUCUGUCCCCAGGAACUUCACACUCCUGGACGCUGAGGCAUCACCGGUUACCACAGCCUUCCUCAACGGUGCUCUGGAUGGGGCCCUCCUUGGGGACUACCUGAGUCGGGCCCCUGAGCCCCGGCCACCCCUCCACCACCUCCUGAGCCAGUACUAUGGAGCUGGGGUGGCCGGAGAUCCGGAACUUCGCAGCAACUUCCGACGGCAGAACGGAGCUGCUCUGACUUCAGCCCCUGCCCUGACCCAGCAGGUGUGGGGCGCCCUCAUCCUGCUACAGAGGCUGGAGCCAGCACACCCUCAGCUGCAGGGCUUGAGCCAAGAAGAGCUGGCGCAGGCGGCCACCCGUGCCGCCAAGGAGUUCACUGAGGCCUUCCUGGGGUGCCCGGCCAUCCACCCCCGCUGCCGCUGGAGUGCCGCUCCGUACCGGGGCCGCCCGACGCCGCUACGGCUGCCGCUCGGGUCCUUGUACGUGCAUCACACAUACCUGCCCGCGCCUCCCUGCACCACCUUCGCGCGCUGCGCGGCCGACAUGCGCUCCAUGCAGCGCUUUCACCAGGAUACGCGUGGCUGGGACGACAUCGGCUACAGUUUCGUGGUGGGCUCAGACGGCUACGUGUACGAGGGCCGAGGCUGGCACCGGGUAGGCGCGCACACUCUAGGCCACAAUAGCCGCGGCUUCGGCGUGGCCUUCGUGGGCAACUACACCGCGGAGCUGCCCGCCGAGGCCGCGCUGCGCACGGUGCGCGACACGCUUCCCAGGUGCGCGGUGCGCGCUGGCUUCCUGCGGCCGGACUACACGCUGCUCGGCCACCGCCAGCUCGUGCGUACCGAGUGCCCCGGCGACGCGCUCUUCCACCAGCUGCGCAGCUGGCCGCACUUCGACGUGAAUGUACAGCCAAAGACUGCCAAGAGCGCCUCCAGGAGAUCCAAGAGGAACCCGCCUCUAGUGACCAUGCCGGCCACAGACCUCCAAUAAAGAGACUGUGUGAAGAAA